GUGGCCGCCACCGGGGCCUUAGGGACCUUGAUCUUCCCAGUCCUUUCCAGGGCAGGCUUAGAAAAAGAUUCUUGUGGUUGGUGCGUCCUUGGGGUGGAGGAACUGCAGCAAGAAACACAUGCAUGGAAAGAUGGCACCUCUAAAGAGCUCCAUGCCCUGCACAGAGGAAUCAGAACAGGUCCAGGAACCCCCAGAGAGCAGUGUGCACUGGUCGGAAGGCUCGAGGGGUGAAGAGAUAAAGAAGUAUGGCCGGGAAGGGACACUAAUGAGCAAAUACAACCAGCAGUACCACAAGCUGUUUAAAGACAUCCCCUUGGAGGAGAUGGUUCUCAAAGUGUGCUCCUGCGCCCUCCAGAGAGACCUCCUUCUCCAUGGCCGGCUCUACAUCUCCCCCAACUGGCUUUGCUUCCACGCCAGCCUCUUCGGCAAAGAUGUCAAGGUGGUCAUUCCUGUGGUAUCUGUGCAAUUGAUCAAAAAACACAAGAUGGCGCGGCUCCUUCCCAACAGACUGGCUAUCACCACCAACACCAGCCAGAAGUAUGUCUUUGUGUCUCUGCUCUCCCGGGACAGUGUAUAUGAGCUGCUGAGGAGGGUCUGCACUCAUCUACAGCCGUCCAGCAAGAAGAGUCUGAGUGUAAGGAAAUUCCCAGAGGAAGCUGAGUGCGAGCCCUCGGACGUGCUUACUCCUGAGAUAAAGUGGAGAAAAGUGUGCCCGGCCUCCUCAUCCCUGUCACUCCCAGACAGCAUCUCCUGCAUCUCUCGGACACCCACAGACUCCACAGAGAGCUGCUUCCCCUCCAGGAAGCUGCCAGUGUCUGAGACUGUCUGUGAGGAAGAUGUCCUGGAGGAAGAGCCCACCGCAGAGCAGGAACUGAGGCUGUGGGAUUCCCAGCUCCUCAAAGUCAUCUUCGUGAUGAUCUGCUUCUUAGUCGUGUCCUCGUCCUAUCUGGCGUUCCGCAUCUCCCGGCUGGAACAACAGUUAUGUUCCUUGAACUGGGGUGGCCCACUCCCAGGGGACAGGUAACAGCCACUUGGUCUUCAUCCCCAUGCCUUCUUCAUGGAUGCUCUGGGCGCUGUCUCUACCAACGAUUCCUGGGGUUUAUACCGCAGCUGUGCUGGGACUGUAUGAAGGACCAUAUUCCAGACCCUUCCUCCCGCCCCUCCCCCAACACUUGUUCCCCUCAAUGAGCGAUCUGAAGUGCUUGUUUACGGAUUACCUGGCUCCUACAAUUUUUGGACUCAAACAAAAUGUUAGAUUUUGUGUGUGUGUGUGUGUGUGUGUGUGUGUGUGUGCUUUAAUCAGUUCAGGAGUUCUGUAAGCUUCAUCGACCGCCCAAGUGAUAGAAAACAUAUUAACUUGUUUUUUUCUGAGCAGUGGUCCUGGCACACGACAGAGGCCUGAGAGCCCCCUCCAGGGACAAAGGGCAUGCUUUGAUACCUGGGUUGCGGCUUGCUGUCACAGGGCACUGUAGUGCCCCGCCUCGGUGGGUGUGUAGAGCGGGGAGGGAACAGGCCCAGACUGCCUCCUGCCAUUCUGUGAGCUCACUCUGGCCUCUCAGAGUCCUUGUUCUAGAGCCCACGGACUUCUCUGCAGGGCUGCACAGGGCUUGGGAGAAGGCAGGGAUGUGGAGAAGAGAGCUCAUGGCAGGGCUUUGGCAAAGAGUGCUCCAAGCUGAGCUGAGUGACUUGGGCUGGCCCUCCUGGAGCUGUCUAGCUGAACCUGGAGAUAGGCCACCUACAGGGGAGGGAUGGACGGGGCUGAGAUUGGAGGUCCUUGUUCUGGAGCAGCCCCCUCUUUGGUAGGACAAGGGGAACAAGGACUUUGUAGUAGGCCUAGUCCCUGUGGUCACAGACAAGUUCCAAGGUCCUGGCCAUAAGUGACAGGAAGGCAAGGGAAUUUGAUUGAAGGUCCAGUGGUUGGUGUAUUGUUGGGGCAACCUGGCUGGGCAGUGGGGUCCGGCAGUUUGGGCACUUCCUGGCAGAGCUCAGUCUUGGCAUGCAGGACCGUAGUCGCCAUAUGGUCCAGGCCACUUCGUAGGACCCAGCGAUCAUGAAUAAGCUGUGAGUGUCAGUGGGACAGUCCAGUGCAGAGACCAGGGGAAAAGCUCUCCGCCCCCAGGGAGACGAUGGGUGGGAGGUGAGGUGGGUGCACACUGACGGCUUUGCCAUAGUCUGUCUACUUUUCUUCUAAAACAAAGUCUUGUUCAUCCCCUCAGGACUCUCAUCUGCUAAGACAGGGCCUUUGAAGGUUCUAGAAAAGCCUUAGGGAGGAAGCCAGGGGUCUCAAGGAAAGCCAUUAAGGCCCCGGGCGGUAGGAGGGGAGGUGCUAGGGAGAGGCGUUGUUUCCCCUUGUCUUGUGCUGGGGUUUUAACUGGGGAAGAAACCCAGGUGGAAAUUAUUGCAGAGUUGUGAUCGUCUCCCUCAGGAUGAAUCCAAGAGAGGCUGGAGAGAGGGAGAGCAGGGGACAGCUCCCUGAGCUCAGCUAGAGGUGCCUUCGUCAUCUCCCUGUGCUAGUGUCAAGGGCUGAGCGAGGAACUGAGCAUUAUACAUUCUCUCUACCAAAUCCUCACAGCUCAGGUGAACCAGAGCCCAAUUGGUCCCCUCCGAGCCAAACCCUCACAUGCCGUCCUUUAAUGUCUGCCCUUCUCGCUUUAGCCAUCCCCACCCCUCUUUGCCAUCACAUUUUCAUGGAAGCAACCCUCCCUGCCCCAGCGUUUUCCCUCCCUGGUCUUUGCCAAAAGGUAAGAAGACACAUCCAUCUCCGAGGCUUGCUAGGCUGAGCCAGGGUUGGGAGGUUCCAAGUGCCUGCGCCAACAUGCUAUGGAAAGCCGUGCCUCCAACCACGGCUCAGAAAGGGCAGGCUGUAGGGUAGCUAGCUUUGGAGGUUCGCUUGGGGCCAGGGCUUGGCGUGACACAGCUGUGUGUCUCCUCUUUGUCCCCGAUUCUGCUCCUUUGGAGGAGCUGUGUGUCGGUUGAUGCUGUUCAUAAUUUGUGAGUAUUUCUGCAUUCCCAAUUGCGUUGGCCAAUGCAGCUCUGAUUCUCUGAGGGUUUGGUUCAGUAACAGUGGGUUGUCUGUCAUGGCAUUAGCCUUUGGGAUUUAAAAAAAAAUGGGUUAAAUCCUAGGUACUGAAAACAUGUUUUUUUUUAAAAAAAAAAAAAAAACCUUGAUUUUUCUAGUGUCCUGUGGUGUGGAAACACCCUUUUACCGUGUGUGUGUGUGUGUGUGUGUGUGUGUGUGUGUGUGUGU